AUGGUUUCAUUGUACAAUAUGGACAGUAAUAAUUUAUCGCCAAUGGCCACCCAUAUGCUAUUAUCAAAAUCGACUAAUCCAUUAUUAGCACCCGGUCACCAUCAUCAACUUCAUUUUCAACAUCAUAGUAUAAGUCCUCAAUCGCCUCAUCAUUUAUCAUCAAAUGGUCCACCUCAUUUACAAUUAAGCAUUCCACCAAGUUGGAAUAGUCCAUCGUCAAAUCCUAUGUCUCAUCAUCUACAUCAUCUUUCGUCACAGCAGAACAAUAAUUGUAAUUCGAGUUUGAAAAGUAAUAAUAAUAAUAAUAACAAUUCGUCGCUCGGACCAAAUUCAAAUUCAAGUACAUUAUCGUCAUCAGCUGGCGAUAAAGAUGAGAAUGAUCAAAAUUCUAGGGACCAUUUAUCAUCACCCGGUUCCCAGGGAAGUAAACCGGGCGGUGGUGUUAGUGGAAAAUUGAUGGAUGAUCGAGUGAAACGACCAAUGAAUGCAUUUAUGGUAUGGUCAAGAGGUCAACGACGAAAAAUGGCACAAGAAAAUCCAAAAAUGCAUAAUUCAGCUAUAUCAAAAUGUUUAGGAACCGAAUGGAAGGGACUCAGUGAAGAAGAUAAAAGACCAUUUAUUGACGAAGCAAAACGUUUAAGAGCGAUACAUAUGAAAGAACAUCCCGAUUAUAAAUAUCGUCCAAGACGAAAAACGAAAAAUAUGUUAAAAAAAGAAAAGUAUCCGAUACAUCAUGGGAACACAGCAAGUUCAGCAGCAGCUGCACAACUAGCUUCAGCUCAAUUAUCGGCACAACGUGCACAAAUGUACGCAAAUCCUUACGAUUGUAAUUAUGGCUCAAUGAUUGAUCAACAUGCAAUCUAUACACAAUAUCCUCAAAUGUAUAGUUAUCAUCACAGUGCACCAUCAGUUAGUCCUCAUUUACCACCACCACCUCAAAGUACUUCACCAUCGUCACAGUAUGCAGCUGCUGUCAUGAACGGUUACCCAUAUGGGCCACAUGGUGCCACCUAUAUGUCACAUGCAAUUAAAUCUGAGGCAUCAUCACCGCAAAGGCGACCCAUGUCCAAUGAUGAUAUGCCGAUGAUGUUUUAUCAACAAGACUCAAUACAUCAACCAUAUCAGCAACAUCACAAUGUUUCACCACCAAUUGUUCCUAAUAUACAACAUAUGUAA